AUGAUUUAUUUUAUCUCUGUAGAUUUGAUUAAACCAAUCUGCCUGCCCUCACUAACUAACAAGGCGGAACAAGAGAAGUUCCAGAAGAAGGCUGAUCGUGCGCAAAAACUGACUGCUGUUGGCUGGGGCAUCCGGAGAUCAGCGAUGGUUCACAGGGUCCAUUCAAGCGAAUGCUACCAGGGGGACCUCCAAGAGAUCGGGGAUAAGCAAAUCUGCAUGGAGCACUCCAUUUCCAAUAUUAUGAACAUAGGCAGUGGCAGUCCCCUGGUUAAACGUCUUCCUUAUGGAAAUAGUAGGGCCUUCACACUCGUCGGAUUGGCCAGCUUUGGAAGGAAGGAAUACCGCUCUCGAGAUGUUUAUACCAAGGUUUUGAGCUAUAUAGAUUGGAUCGGAACUUUGGUAGCGAAGUAGGGGAUGAUAUUACUCUUAAUAAUGUUAGUAAUGCAAACUUAUUGACGUCCCAGAUAAUCCUAAGCAAGAAUAUUAAUUUUUUAUAGGUUUGGAUUGAAUUAGGUUUUUUUGAAAUAUUAAUCAUAAUCAUAUAAAUAAAAAAAUCA